UUGCAUUGAAGAGGGGAAGGCGUGCGGUUGCACGACUGCAGCACGUCUAUGCCUUUGCAUCCGAAAAGCCAUGCGUUCUCUUGUGUCGUGCCGGCCCCAUCCGAUUCGAAAAUCAUUUCCCAGCAUUGUUGGAAAGUAGGAGAACAAGCCCAGUAACCACGUCAUUUCGACAGUGACCUUGUUUCGAAGGGAAUUUCGUGAAUCUUUCGCCUACGCUUUUUUUAUCGUCCGAAUUUCCUUUUUCCUUAAACUACAAAAGAAAAAAAAAGAAGUGGAUCAUUUAAAAUACUUCAGCGGCGGCAUUAGCUGGGAAACCGGUCGCCUUACAAGACGUGCCUUGCACGGCUCGCCUUCUAGACGAAAACAGGAGAAAGUUUUGAUUUCAGUUGUGUCGUCAUCGUAUCAUUGCGUAAAUGGGGUGUUGUUGUUGUGAAUCAUCUGACCGCGUCGAGCCGGGGCCGUCACAGAAUGGUGGAGGACGACGGAAGGAAUCGGAGGAUUUCGACGGGGUCGUCAACGAGCGCAGCUGUACCGACAUUUUCUUUUUGGCACUCUUCCUGGCUUUUCUCGGCGGACUGGGAUAUGGGCUGUAUUAUGCCGUUGCCCGAGGAGAUACUAAUCGCCUCGUUUACGGCUUUGACAUGGACGGUGACGUAUGCGGCCGGCCAAAUCACCCGCUGGCCAACAUCACAUCUAGCGGCAAAGAUAUGACUCGGCUGACAUUCCUCGAUGUAGAAUCGCUAACUCUGAAUCGUAAUCUGGAUCCGGUUAUCGUGGGAAGAUGUGUUAACACUUGUCCGGCCAGCAAGUCACCGCCUAUCCUGAACCGCUGUUUAGCAAUUCACGCCUCGUCCACUGAGGCGACCAACUGGUUUUUGACAUCCACGGGACUGGCCAAAUUUCUCAACCAAUUCGCCAUCGAUUUUCAACUGUGCUGGAAAGAGGUGGUUUACCUCUGCCUCAUUGCAUUGGGUUUAUCGCUGGUACUUACCGUUCUCUUCCGCUUCUUGGCCGGAGCGAUGAUUUGGCUGCUGCUGGUCGCCCUUGUCCUCGGUUCAUUCGGCGGGACCGGUUACCUCUGGUGGGCGUGGUAUGGCAUGCGAGGCACUUCCGGUGAGACCAGCAUGCUGGCUUAUGCAAUCACCCUCUCAAUCGUUUCGGUAUUGAUUUUGUUGAUCGUUGUGGCCAUGAGAAAGCGGGUCGAGCUGGUGGCUGCCUUGUUUCGCGAAGCCGGCAAAUCGGUCCACGCCAUGCCGAUGCUCCUCAUCCAGCCGCUUUGGACUCUGUUGGCAUUGUGCGCUUUGUGCGCCGGAUGGGCCUACGCCGCAUUGUGGAUCGAGAGCGCCGGCCAGCCAACUCGGGCGCCAGUGGGGACCGUCAUCUUUCAGAAAGACACUUAUUUGCAAGUCGUUCGAUGGUACAAUAUCCUGGCCGCUCUUUGGCUAUCGCAACUCUGCCUGGCCUUCCAGAACCUUAUCAUCGCCGGAGCGGUUGCUGAAUGGUUUUUCACUAGGGAUAAAUCGCGUUUGUCGUGCCCGGUGGCCAAAUCGACGGGCUAUGCCGUCCGCUACCAUUUGGGCUCGUUGGCCUUUGGAUCUCUGCUCAUCGCCUUGAUGAAAUUGGUUCGGAUGCUGUUCAACUAUCUGGAGCGCAAGUUGCGCAAUUCCACGACGACGUGCUUCGGUCUAGUCACCUGCCUCACUUGUUUCUGCAAGUGCUGUCUUUACUGCUUUGAGAAAUUCCUUCAGGGACUCUGCUCCAAUGCCUACAUCGAAAUAGGCAUUUAUGGGGAGAAUUUCUGCUGGUCGGCCGGCCGAGCUUUCAAAAUGCUGUCCAACAACGCCCUGCGGGUCAUGGCAAUCAACUCUGUCGGCGACUUUAUCCUCUUCUUGGGCAAGGCUGGCGUCGUCACGGCCGUCGUCUUUGUCGGAAUCGAAUUGAUCAAAGAUAAGCCGGGUGUUGCGUAUAUUUGGACACCGAUCCUGGUGGCGGCCAUUUUUGCCUACUUGAUUGCCCAUUGCUUCAUUUCCGUCUUCGAGAUGUGCAUCGAUACCGUUUUCAUCUGCUUUUGCGAAGACUGCGAGAUAAACAACGGACAGGAUCAGCCGUAUUUCAUGAGCCGUGGUUUAAUGGAAUUUGUCGAAAAGAGUCAAAAAGCUCUGCGAGCUCGCGCUGGUCGAGAUCGUGCUCGGCAACAACAACCCCCGAAAGGGGCGUACGAUAACAACCCGACGAUGGAUUCGGAUGCCGACCGGCAGCAGCAGCAGCCUGGCGUUUGGAACACUGGCGUUCCGCCUCCUCCGUAUCAAUUCCGUCCGACUGCCCCUCCUCUCAGAUAAAAAAAGAAAAAGGAAAAAAACGAAAGAUCUUUUUGUCGUCAUCACGCCCAACACGAUGGCGAUCAAUGAGUCAUUUGUCGUCCUAUUUUCUUUUCUUAUUUUUUCCCCCCAUUGAUACAAACCAAAGUACCUAGUAAACUGCACACACCAAAACCAAGAAGAGAUGAUGUUAACUUCAAGUUGGAAUUUUUCUUGAGUGUCCGUUUGUUUCCGUUUGACGCCGAAUGUGUUUUACCGCGUUCGUUAUUCUACACGGUUUGUGUGUUUUUAUUAUUAUUAUAUAUAUCAGGUUGUUUACCGUCAUCAACGUUCUUUAGACUUGUUUAUCCGUUUGUUCUCUACGCCCUUGUUCGUUUACACACUCUCGUCGUCGUGUUUGCACACCAUUGGGUUGUGUUGUUCGUGUUCGGAGACCGUGUUAUGUUAGCGGGAGCGAGCGUAGAGAAUUGUUUCUUAACGCGUUGAUGAUGAAUCGCUCCCUCUCUCACUCGAUCCUGAACACAAAAUAAGCGAUCUGAACUGUCACAAGUGAUUCAUGCUCAAUUUCUGCAAUAAAAUGGAACCAAAGUGAA